AGUAGCAUCUCUGUUAGUUCAAAAAUCGAUCUUCUAGAUGAAGAGUAGCUUCUCCGUUAGUUCAAAAAUCGAUCUUCUAGAUGAAGAGCAGCUUCUCUAUUAGUUCAAACAAGGAUCUUGUACGUGAAAGGCAACUUCCCCGUUAGUUCAAAACUGGAUUUUUGUAAUUGAAAGGCAGCUUCUCUGUUAGACUGGGUCGUGUAAUGUUAAAAAGAACGGAGGUUACGUUGAGCUCCAGCAAUGGCGAGCAUGGAGGAUCUGGAAGCUUUACUCGCAGAGAUAGAGAUAGAGCACUCGCAGGAGAUCGAAACAGCACUUGAAGAGAUCGAGCGGCUGAAGGGGAUAAACAAUUGCCUAAUGCGAGAAAAGGAUGACGCAAUCAUAAAGCUUCAAGAUUACAUGGAGUCGAGGCCGCGGAUCGAAACCUCGCCCUCCUCCUCGGCUAAUCUUCUUUACAGAAUAUAUUCUCUCAACGACAUCAAAUCUGCCACUGGCGAUUUUUCAGAGCAUUUGAAAGUUGGGGAAGGAGACUACGGCGUGGUAUACAAAGGUGAAAUAGAGGAGACUGGGGUUGCCGUGAAGAUUAGGAGAGAGAAUGGCUUCAAUCUAGAUCAGCAAAUAUUUCAUCAGCAGAUGGAUGUAUUAAGGGAUGUUAGACAUGUUCAUUUGGUAAGGGUUGUGGGAGAGUGCUUGGAUAGAGGAUGUAUCGUGUCUGAAUAUAUGGUCAAUGGAAGCUUGGCGGAUCGUCUAUUUUGCAAAAAUGGCACUUCACCGCUGGUCUGGCAUGUCAGAGUUCGCAUUGCUAGUGAAGUUUGCUCAGCAUUACACUUCCUUCAUAGUUUAAAGCCAAAUGGAAAUUUUCACUGCAAUUUGAAGCCCGAAAACAUUUUGCUAGAUGAAUUUAAUACUAGUAAGAUCAGUGAUUCGGGCAUGGCAAAGCUUCUACCUCAAGAGUCACUCAUAAGAGGCAAUAUAUCAUAUCUGGAUCCAGAGUAUCAAAGAACAGGCGAAUUUACAGACAAAUCAGAUGUUUAUAGCUUGGGGAUCAUUAUUCUUCAACUUCUCACAGGCCAAAAGGCAUUUGGAUUGGUGAGAAAGGUUUCACAAUCACUAGAAACUGGACACUUGGAUGACUUGCUAGAUCCUUUAGCUGGGGAAUGGCCCUUUGAUCAGGCUUUACACUUAGCAUAUCUUGCCCUUGAAUGCACAGCAGCCAGUCAACAAGAUAGGCCUAAUCUUCAUCCCACUCUCACUAAUACUCUUGAUGAACUUCAAGCUACUGCCUCGGCCAUUGUUCAGCCUGCCCCAACAGUUGUCCAACCUGCCUCAAUAAUUGUCCAGCCUGCUCAAGAAAGACAAGUUCCUAGCCUCUAUACAUGUCCCAUCUCUCAUGUAAGUAUCCUUUUUAUAUCCUUACAACUUUUACAAAUGCAUUUUUUAUUAGUAAGGAAUUGGCAUAAUUUGCAGGAGGUCAUGGAUGAUCCUCACUUUGCUGCGGAUGGCUUUACCUAUGAAUUGGAGGCAAUCAAGGAAUGGUUUGAUUCUGGUCACAACACCUCACCAAUGACAAAUGCGAGAGUAGAUCACACCAAUCUCCUUCCAAACCGUUCUCUUAAAUCUGCUAUUCAGGAGUGGAAAGAAGCCAAUUGUCCUCAAGGCUUAACAUCAUAGUCUAUUGACCAUUUUUUAAAGGAACAUGAUGCAUAUACAAAAGUUUAUAUCAUUUUUAUAUUGAUAUGAUGCAUACAAAAAUAGGAUGUAAUAAUUAUAAUUGAUUUGUAUUUAUAUUUACCGUUUUUCAAUAAGUUGUCUAUUAGAUUAUACUA